AUGUUAACACGUCAUACUAUUGAACAUAAACGAGCUAAUAAUCCAUAUCGAUGUACAAUUGAUGGUUGCUUGGAUUCAUAUUCAGAAAAGCGAAAAUUAAUUGCACAUUUAAAUUACAAGCAUACCGAACUAUCAAAGGAAGAACGAGAAGUAAUGACAAUGAAAGGUGAUGAAUUACUGAAAAAGCUACGUAAUAUUUCAUCGAGCGAAUCAUCAGCACAUUAUUCAGGGAUAUUACCAAUUGUUUCAUCAACUACUGAUGUCACAGGAUUACAUCUUCCUUCAUUAUCUCAAGCAGAAACAAUUUCAAUCUCAGUUUCUACAACUACUGCAGCAAACAAUGAUCAAUCAUUAUUACCGCUGUCAUCUUCUAUCAAAUCAACAAAUCAUAUUUUGAAGAAUAUGAUUGAAAACGCUAAAUGUGAAGGAAAUGAUGAAACUUUGCUAAAGACAAUGAAGUCAGCUAAUUUUAACAAUAUCGGCAUUGCGUCAUCUAUUGCUAAUUCCACAGGAAAUGAAUCAUUGCUAGCGGCGAAACAUUUCGUCAAUUCUGAAUUUUCGACUAAAAUUGGGAAAAUUGGAAAAAGGAAGAGUUUCAUUUAA